AAGAAUAUAUUUUAAAAGCAAUCUGAAACCUUGAAGUUUAUUCGAAGAACAAAUUCCUAAUCAUGAUGGAUAACUACGACGAAUCCGAUAUGGUUUAUUGCCCGUACAACAAGGAGCACAAAAUGCUGCGCAAGAAGCUCCAGCAGCACAUCCUAAAAUGCCGUGUGAUCUACAAAGACACGGUGGAACUAAUGGUUUGCCCAUUUAAUAAAUCGCAUUUGAUCCCAGAGCCCGAGUUCUUUCAACACACCAAAUCGUGCGAGGAUCGAAAUAUUAUAGUGCACUAUCAGACCAGCGCGCCUGCUGUUCUCAACGAAGACACCAGGCACCCCAAGAUCGAGUCCGAAGAGAACUGGGACGACGACGACAGUGUGCCCGACUACGAUCCUCAGGUCUACUGCUCCACGGCCAACAUAGUCAGAGAACCCAAUGGGUUGUUUCCCGCCCAGCGAAAGGCUUUCAUCGAGCAGGAAAAGCGUCGUCAUUUUGGCCAGGAAUACAAGGAGGAGAAGCCGCCAAAGGCCAAGUCUCGCGCGGAUCCCUACGAGCCAAGAAAGCCCUUCUCAAGGCGCCAGUAAUUCGAUUCCACCAAAGUUGCUCCCAGUGCCAAAGAACAGAAACCAAAACAUUUUAUCGAGACUUCUACUGACCUCUUUAUUAUAACCAAAAAAAUCCAUGGCCAAAGUGUUACAUUACCAUUUUAACAUGUGCUGUGACACAAGUAUUGCUCGCAGUUCAGAUGAGCAUGCGACAAAGAGCGCCGAUCUAUGAUAUUAAUCUGAGAUAAAAAGAAAACAUGUACAUAUCCAAUAUUCGCCGCUAGAAGGCUAUCAAAAUAUGUAUGCAAAACUAUGUUCUUUCCUUUGUUCUUGCCUUUUUCCAUUAACGAUACAGAUAAUCGUAAAAUAAAGCAUUUAAUUUUUGUUUCUUUUCGAAUAAAUUCCUAUUUCUUCUCCCCUUCACGGUCAUAAUAUACAUUUAAGUCGAUGCAUUUAUCAAAUAUAUAUAUAUAUAUAUAUACAUGUGUAUGUAUAUCCUACCUACGAUAGGAAAACCUAUGGGAAUGUUAAAGGGAAAUGUCUUUGAAACUUGGACCGACUUUGCUUUUGAUGCUUAUCAAGAUGAGAGUAUUAGAACUACACGUAGUACUACACGUCGUACGUACAAUAAAAGCUGAGAUUAUUUGGCAAUGGUAUUAUUUAUUUGACGACUUUAACUUCAAUCAAGCAUUUGACUAUUGAAUUAAAUGCAUUCCAUCUUAAUCCACAUUACUUAUGCGUCAAAAUUCAAUUAAAAUUUAAUUUUAAGCCAAUACCAUGUGUAACACGUUAAUUGAAGGCUUUUAGCUUUUAGAGGAAUGUAAACAUAUAACUGAAAAUUGAGAAAAUUAAAAAUGCCCUCGGCACUAAGGCAUCUGAAAUGGGAUCUAAUCAGGCAGGAGCCAAACAUCAAUAAUCUACGUAAAACAAACAGCAUAGCUCUUUUUAAACUAUUACAAAACUAUUCAGCUACGUUGGGUUUCCUACACACUUUUCUAAAACUUUAUCCAUUUAAGGAAAACGCAAACAGAUCCAAUUGCGAAAAUCAACUUUUCUUUAUUGUAAAGAAUGGCGCCGUUUCCACACGCGAUUUUUUUCAGAUGUUUUGUUUUUUACACUAAGCGUUACGGUAAAAACAGUAAACAGCGACGUCCCAGUUGUCCAGAGCAGAGUUUUAGCCGGCGAUUUACGCGGUCUCCAUGGGCUGGGCGGCGGUCUCCUCGGUGUACUUGCCCUUGUCCUUGCCGAGAGCGGCCAGACGACCCUUGCCGCGACGCUCCAGGAUGGCCUUACGGUCCUUGUCGAGCUUCAGCUUGACGAUCAGCACCUUGCUGGGGUGGAUGCCCACGUAGACGUUGGUGCCGUUGGCGUUCUCGCGCUGGAUCUUCUCGACGUAGACGACGAACUUCUUGCGGUAGGCCUGGACCACCUUGCCCACCUGGUUGCCCUUGAAGUGGCCGCGGAUCACCUGGACCUCAUCGUCGCGGCGGAUGGGCAUGGAACGCACAUUGUACUUCUGGCGCAGCUCCUUGGACAGGGGAGCAGACAUGAGGCGCCUGCGGAUGUGGGAGGGUGCCUGGAAGUGGCGCUUGCGGUUCUUCCUGCGCGACGACGACACGAACGGGUUCUGUUUCAUCUUGCUUGUGCGGGC